CGUCACCUCGUAUUCUAAAGACGCAUAUGCCAAUAAAGUUGCUGCCGCCAUCUUUUUGGGGAGAAGAAUGCCAAGGUCAUUUAUGUGGCCAGGAAUGCCAAGGACUGCAUGGUGUCAUACUACUACUUCCAGCAAAUGAACAAAGGUCUACCAGACCCCGGCACCUGGAAUGAGUACUUCUCAACUUUUCUGGCUGGAGACGUGGCUUGGGGAAACUGGUUUGACCACGUCAUCGGCUGGUGGAAAGCAAAAGACAAACAUCGAAUACUCUACAUCUUCUAUGAAGACAUGGUUGAG